UACUGGACCUGGCAGCCUAUGUCCAGUACUGAAGAAACACCCGAAAGUUAUCUGGUUAUCUUGGCUUCGUCACCUGAGCCACGCGAGACGGACAAACCCAGCAUUAUACAUGACGAACGGCGAACGCUAGGUUUGCUCGAUGCAUUAGCGGGAAUAUGCGUGUCACAGAAAGAAGGGGAGGCCUACGCAUCCGCCAUAGCAACAGCUUCGGAAUCGUGUACAAUCUUUAUCAUUGGGAAUCAUGAAGAGGUCCCACAAGAGACCCAAGACUACCUAACCGAUAUCUGCCAAAAGCUCACGGGCAUAGCACAUCUCGUCGACACUUCAGAAUCGCGUACCCCAUCAAUCGAGGAUCUUUCCCCAAAGGCUCGAGACUCCAUCAGGCGAUACUUUCGCAUAGGCGACGAAGACUUGUUGCUCGACCUUCUCGAAGCGAUAGCUCGAAAUUGGAAAUUGAGCGAUCCAAAGACAGCGGCUUUUAUAAAUAUGCUUGACCUUCUACCCAUGUCUGAUCAGAUGGAUGCACCUUUCCUCGUCGAACGAUAUCUACGGAAGGUCUUGAAGACGUACAAUGAAACGACCAAGUUGAUCCGUUUUGUAGUAUCGCCUCGCCGCGGCCACAUAUUCAGAAAUCAGCCCAAACUCGUGUUUCUACGGUCUGAGAAACGCAGUGUAGAGUUGGACAUAAAAACGGCUGUCGGGACGCUUAAACGUCAGAUGGAUAUCAUUGACGAGGAUGAAAGAUUUCUUGACCGAUUCGUUGACGACGCAGGUGUUCGGUUCGAAGAGCAAUAUACUUGCUGUCCGCACUGUGAAUGUGCAAUGCUGGCGGCAAUCCUGGAACAGUGGAAAAUGCCACAAAGACCUGCUCCGGUCGUCGGGAUUUCCGAACUGUCUUGCCUUGGCUGCCGCUUAUAUUUCACAGCUUACAAGAAUGCAUUGAGAGAAUUACCAGCGAUUGACCUGCCUAAGCAGUUUAUCGUGACCGGAACGCAUAAUACUCUCUACCUACCAUGGGUGUCACCCGAUCUAACAUCCAUCAAUCCUGAUCUGCACGCCGCUGUCCAGAAACAUCUGAAGGUGUUAGUACAAGCAGCAUCUGUAGCGCAUGUGAGAUCGCGUCACCGAUACUCAGAGAGCACCACACAUUCGUCAGAGGAAGAAGGCAUGUUACCGUGGAAAUCAUCCUACGGUACGUUAUACAUAUUUAAUUUCUUGUCAUUUGCGCACCGAUUUUUUUCCAGAGGAUGUGAACGGCUUCUGGGGAAGGAGGUCUGUAGGAGGCGAAGCUUCACCGAUGAGGAGAAGGAGGAGAAGAAUAGCAAUUUCUUGACCGCUCUUAGUUGUUUUCAACAGCCGUAUGCUGAAAUUUCCACAAAUCACUUGAAAAUCGUUAUCAAUAUUCAGUGAAUACUAUGUACUACGCCCGACUAUCUACUCGCAGUGAUCUUCAG